CCCGCUGCCAGCUGUGUCUGGUUAACCAGUGCAGAGGAGGAGCAGGCCGGCCGGAGCCAUGAUGAGGCAGCUGGAGCUCGCUGCCCUCGGCGUGGCCCUCACUGGGUGGCUUUGUGCCAUUCUGACACGCUGCCUGGCCCUGUGGAAGGUGAGCGGCACCCUGGACAACGCCACCGCCACUCUGCCUGCAUACUGGGACGGGGUGUGGCUGGAAUGGGAUCACUGGGAUCUGGCCCACGAUGGCAGCUUGCACUGCUCCUUCUACAGGUCUCUCAUGUCUCUUUCUGGAAGUUUUCGGACGUGGAGGGCUCUCAUCAUGGCCGCCAUUGGAGCCGGGGCUUUUGCUGUGGUGAUUGGAGCAGCAGGGGCAGUUUUUUUUCCAAUGCGUGGCCAGAUCAAAGUGGUUUCUGGUAUUCUCUUUGUUUUGUCUGGGAUCCUGCUGCUAGUUCCCACAGCCUGGACGUGCCACCACACCAGUCAGCCACUAGAGGGGGCUGUGCUGCUCAGGAGAGACUGGGGACCUGCCCUCUACCUCGGGUGGAUCUCCUUUGCUUUGAUGCUAACCGGAGGAGUGUUUCUCACCACCAGGUGCCCAACUACUGAGACGCAGGUGCAGCAGCCUGAAGAGAGCAGAUACCCGAAUGUAGAGGAGGAGGCCAACCACCCACUGAGCAUGAUCCACAGGGCGGCCUUCACAAACAGCCAGUACGGACGCAGAUCACAGCCAAUCUGACGGGACUGUGAUGUACUAUUUAACUGAGUGUGACUGAUUAAAUGGAGAAUCAUCAGUGGGGAGAUUUAACAGCAGGCUGCACAAAAUUCUGGCUGCACAUGUUGAGUAAUGAUGCACUGACUUAACUAAGCAUGAACAUUAGAAAGUAGACGCACAACAGUGUGUCAUACCACUAGUUUUAUUGCUACACUGUAAAAGUGUUCCGUUGUUUUUACAGAAAAUAACUGGCAGCUGUGGUUACCAGGAUAUUUCUGUAAAAAACACAGUACAUAUGUCAAUAUUUACAGAACAACUUGUACAUUUUACAUCCUAAAACUGUAGUAAUUAAAAAAAAAAAACAUUUUAAAGUUGUAGAUUAUUCCGUCCUUUACUGCUAAUUUAACAGGAUGAUGCUGCUUUUAUACUAAUUAUUUAUACAAAAUUUACAUGCAGAUUUUGCUUAUUGUGCAUUGAAUACCAGUAAAUCAACAUUUAGUUAUUAUUUAUUGUACACUGAAUACCAGUAAAAUUUACAAGCUCUUCUGUAAAGUUUACAUUUGUACUGUAGUUUUUGCAGAAUUAUUCUGGUAACCACAUAUGACAUUUUUUUUCCUGUAAAAGCAACAUAAUUUACAGUGUAGGGAUGCAGUUAGGAGUUUGCAUUUGUGUUUCUUUAAUCUCUAUUGAAGAAACACACUGUGCAUACUGAAAAGCAUUGUUUUACAUUCAAUCUUCAUUUUAAUAUGACUGUGAAAUAAUACUUCCGUCUGUUUGCUUUGCUUUUAUUCAAUUAUUGAUCUUACGAGAAGACAUCCCAGCUCUCUGAUACUUUAAUUCAUUGUAAUACCUUUAAUGUGAAAAAGGUAAUAUUGGUCUUAAAAUUAAAAACUGUAUUGCACAGAUACAUUGCCCUACAUUAGAGUAAUACCAUUUCAUAUGUUUUCUUUUCUAAAAAGAGGGAAAAAAUGUUUACAUCUAAGAGGAAUGAACUGCACAAAGAGACACUGUGGAAUAAAUUGCAAAUGCAAAUGAUUCAGA